CCUGUGAAGGCGAGAAGUGUCUUUUCUGUUCGGUACUGCUCCGCGGGACGUUGUGGACCGGACCGUCUAAGUGUUUGUUUCCGGUGGGGUGGGCGGGGGUUGCGUCUCGUUCACGACGAGAGGACGACGCUCAGCGGAUGGCACACCGGUUCCUAGCACGCAGAGUCUGGAGGCUCUCUGUGAAAGACGUCCGCUGCCUUCCGUCGUCCGCCGUCACCUCGUCUUCGUUUUCCACCUCCCUUCAUCCUCUCUCAAGCCGAGCGUCCUUCCUCGCCCCGUCUCGAACGCUCGCCGUGUCUCACGCCGUCCGCCGGGCGGUCUCCUUCAACGUUCAGGACAACGAGGACUUCACGGAGAGGGUCAUCAACAGCGACCUGCCCGUGUUGGUCGACUUCCACGCGCAGUGGUGUGGUCCCUGCAAGAUCCUCGGGCCGAGGUUGGAGAAGGCUGUUGCUAAACAGAAAGGCCGCGUUGCCAUGGCAAAAGUUGACAUUGACGAUCACACAGACUUGGCUAUUGAGUACGGGGUGUCUGCUGUUCCUACAGUCAUUGCCAUGAGGGGAGGAGACAUCGUCGACCGCUUUGUGGGAUCAAAGACGAUGAUCAACUGGACUCAUUUGUCUGCAAAGUCAUUGGACAAUAAACCGGCUGCCCCCCCCCCACCUAAGCUGUACACCACCACUAAGGUGCUGUUACCUAAGAUUACGGCGUGCCAGACAGGCGGUGCCGCAGUCCCACUUGGCCAACUCUUUAAUACUCAUCUCUAGACAAUCUGCUUUGGCUCUGGAUUGUUGCUUCGAUCUUUCUCUCUGUUUAUUUUUUUGGUCCAGUGAUGAGUGUUUGCAUUUUAUGACGGAGUAUUAAGAACAUACUAAGGAAAAAAAAUAAAAAAAUAAUGAGAAUAGUCAUACAAUUACAAGAGAAAAUUGUCAGUUUGGAAGUAAUCCUAAUAUUAUGGGAAUAAAGUCAAAAUAUUGCGACUAUUCUCAAAAUGUAACUACUUUAUUCUCAUAAUACUCUGACUUUGUUCUCAUAAUAUUACAACUCUAUUGUCAUGAUUUUUUGUUUUUACUCAUUUAGCAUGGCCCUAAUUCUUCGUCGUGGCUCUUCAACGUUUUGUUUCAUUUUGUUUUGCAGUCUCUGAUAAAUGUGAUGGCUCCAUAAUUCUGUCCUAAUAGAAAUGCCCAGCUGUUGGAAAAGAUGUCUGUACAAGAACUCGUUCAUAUUAACACAAGGGACAAACAUUUAUAGUUUUAGCAGUGAUGUUUUGAUUGUAAGAAGAUAAUGAAUACCUGACAUUGUUACCUGUAAUUCCUGCUUUUGUCCACAAGAGGGUGGUGCUUCUCUUAACAUCUUCCAGGUACACCAUUGGUCAUUUUACACCGUUAUGCCUCAUAAUGUGAGAAGAGAAGGUGUGUUUGAGAGAGAAAGAGAGUGUGUGUGUGGGUGUACUUCUCUGUGUCCUGACUGUGAACCUGAAGGCAAGCAGGAACCGCAAACAUGAGCUUAGUUUUAGUUUAUUACUAAAACGGACUCUGUACAAACACAUGACCAACUGAAGUAAUAAAGGAGUCAAGAUGUUCUAUAUUUAAAGAAGGUGGAUUUAUUAUGCCCAUUGCAUCAUGAAUAAAUGAUAUCCUCCCAAUA